AUGGCCAACCUUCACCCCUUCGACCCCAUCACCCCUGGGGAGAUUCAAUUGGCCGUCUCCGUCUUGGAGCCCGCCUUCCCCGGUGUCAAGCUGCGCUACAAGCGCAUUGAUCUCCAGGAACCGGCCAAACAUGAAGUCGUUCCAUACCUCGAAGCUGAGCGUCGGGGUGAAGUGCGCCCACGCAAGCCAGCUCGCUUGUUGAUGGUCCUCUUCCAUCGUCUCGACAACGGAUCUUUCUUCAAGGCCUUGAUCAACGCCGACACCAAGUCUAUUGUGUCAGCAAAGGAGCUGCCCAAGGAUGUCCAGGGCCCAGUGGAUAUUGACGAGAUGAUCGAGAUCGAGCAGCUCUGUCUCGGUCACCCGGCUGUCAAAGCUGAGAUUGAGAAAUUGCAGCUCCCGGCUGGCCACACGGUGUGCUUGGAUCCGUGGAUCUACGGCACUGAGGAUGUCAAAGAGACCCGCCGCUUGUUUCAGUGCUAUAUGUAUAUUGUGGCCACGGAUCAUCCUCAGAAUAACCAGUAUUCCUUGCCUUGCCAGUUUUCCCCGGUUUUUGACGGCAUCACCCGCCAGCUUGUUCGCAUGGACUAUCUACCUGGCGGUGCAAGCGCUCAGACGAACGAGACACAGCCUUGGAAGCCAGUGCCCACUGUUCAGUAUGCUCAUGAAUUGCUCGAUGAGCCCCUGCGUACAGACCUGAAGCCCUACAUUGUCCAGCAACCGGAGGGCGCGUCGUUCAAUGUCAUUGGCAAUGCUGUGUCAUGGCAGAAAUGGCGUUUCAGAGUGGGCUUUAACAACCGAGAGGGCCUUGUGCUUCACAAUGUGACCUACGAUGGUCGUAACACCUUCUACCGGCUCUCUUUCUCCGAGAUGACGGUUCCAUACGGCGACCCUCGCCCUCCUUACCACCGCAAACAAGCCUUUGACGUCGGCGAUGUCGGCUUCGGUAUCACAGCUAACCAACUCAGCCUCGGCUGCGACUGUCUCGGACACAUCAAGUACUUCGACGGCUACCGCACAGACGCUCAGGGAGCCCCGAUCCAGCUUAAGAACGUCAUUUGCAUGCACGAGCAAGACAACGGCCUCCAGCAUAAGCACACAAAUUACCGCAGCGGUGCAGCAACAGUCGUCCGCAACCGCCAACUCGUAGUCCAAAUGAUCUGCACAGUCGCCAACUACGAAUACAUCUUCGCAUUCAUCCUCGAUCAAGCCGCCAACAUUGAGCUCGAAGUGCGAGCAACAGGAAUCCUCUCUACAGUCCCCUUCGACAACCAAAACGGCGAAACAGUCCCAUGGGGCACGAACGUCGGACCGGGCGUCAUGGCUCCCUUCCACCAGCACAUGUUCUCCCUCCGCAUCGACCCAGCGCUCGACGGCUUCAAAAACACAGUCUACUACGAAGACAGCGUGCCAAUGCCUGAAGAUGACACGAACCCGUAUCUAGUCGGCUACACAACCGAGCAAAAUGUCAUAAAGUCUAGCGGCAGCGCAUCGACUAGCGUUGAACGCCACCGCGUGUUCAAAAUUCGCAACGACCAUAUUAUCAACCCUAUCACGCACCAUCCCAUCGCCUAUAAGCUGCAAACCUCGCCGAGCCAGAUGCUCCUCGCACACCCGAACUCAUUCGGCGCGAAGCGCGCUCGCUUUGCUACCCGCCCUAUCUGGGUGACUAAAUACCAGGACGACGAGCUCUACGCUGCUGGCGAGUUCACAAACCAGAGCAAGCAGUCUGAUGGUGUGGAAGUAUGGGCUGGACGGAACGAUACCGUUGAGGACGAAGACCUUGUUCUCUGGCAUACUUUCGGUCUCACUCAUAACCCGCGUAUCGAGGAUUUCCCGGUUAUGCCCAUGGAGCGUGUUAGUGUCAUGCUCAAGCCGGAUGGGUUCUUUACUAAGAAUCCUGCGCUGGAUGUGCCGGCUUCUAGUCAGUCUUUCAAUAAGUCGACUUUGCACCCUGAGCCGGCUUGCUGUGCGACUCCUACAAAGCCCAAGAUGUAG